AUGAUGACGUCAUCCCAGCAGAGCCACACCACCAGCUUCAAACCACGGAGGAUCAAGACGACGGCGAAGCCACCGCAUCAGAUCAGUCACAUGGAACCAUCUCCAGAGAAGCAGCCGGUACUUAAAUGUCCGAGAUGUGGUUCCGUCAACACUAAAUUCUGUUACUACAACAACUACAGCUUGUCUCAGCCACGUCACUAUUGCAGAAACUGUCGCCGUUACUGGACACGUGGCGGCGCCCUACGUAACGUCCCCGUCGGUGGCUCAACCAGAAACAAGAACAAGCCUUGCAACCUCCACGUCAUCUCUUCUCCUCCCCCGAAUGUGACGUCAUUGUCGUCCCACGAGCUUGUUGAUGAGUUUCGUAUGAACAGAGCAAUUACAAACCCUCCUUCGAUGGCGUUUCCCGGUGGAUUCCCCGGCUACAUGUUUCCAUUAGAUGCUAAUUACAAUCUUGCAUCUUCUUCUAUCGAGUCUUUGAGUUCUUUGAACCAAGAUUUGCACCAGACGCUUCAGCAACACAGACUCGUCACCACCAUGUUUCUCCAAGAUUCUCUUCCGGUUACGAAACCGAUUAUGUUUCACAACGUUGAGUUGAUUCCUCCUUCGGCAACGACUGAUUGGAUUUUCGAUAGAUCCGCCAUGGGAGCCUCAGGAGGAGCAACAAGUGGCAUUAAUGAAAGUAAUGGUAAUGGCGAGGGUAAUUUGGGAAACUGGUAUCAUAAUGCUAAUAAUACUCUGUCCUAA